CGGGCAGCCGCCUCCACAUAAACUUCUCGUGUCAAAGAAAAAUCUUUGUUGCAGCAACUGGACUUGUUCACGAAACCGACUAAUGAUGAAUGGAAUGAUCCACAAGCUGGACUCGGCCUUUCAGGCCACGAAACUGUCUAAAUUCUUUCAGAUGGAAGAACGCGACACCAAGCUGUCGGUCGAAUUCCGUGGCGCCCUCGCGACCUUUAUGAGUAUGUCCUAUAUCUUGGCCGUCAACCCUCGUAUCCUUUCCGAUUCGGGCGGACCUUGCGUCAUGGAUCCUGACGAAGGUCUCUUCGGUGCCGAGUAUUCCGCCUGCAUUGAAGCGGUCAAGCGCGAAUACAUUACGGCGACCGCUGUAGCGUCCAUGUUUGGAUGCAUUCUGAUGGGUCUGUUCGCCAACCUCCCCAUCGCUCUGGCGCCCGGCAUGGGAAUGAACGCUUUUUUUACCUACUCGGUAGUAGGCUUUCGUGGAUUGGAUGAUAUCAGUUUCGAAGCGGCCGUGACAGCGGUGAUGAUUGAAGGCGCAAUCUUCUUUGUGAUGGCCAUUACCGGAGCCCGGUACGCCAUUGUUCGGCUCAUUCCGGAACCAGUACGUGUUGCGACACCGGCAGCAAUUGGAGCGUUUCUCGCUCACCUGGGUUUGCAAACCGCGGAAGGAAUUGGUGUAGUCGUGUCCGAUAUCGCCACGGCGGUGACAUUGGGAGGAUGUCCCGAAAGUAUGCGAACCCCCAUUGUAGCGUUGACGGACUCUUGCCGGGCCAAUACAGACUUGUGUACCACCAGCGACGCCUACACUUGCGAUGAUCUGGGGGGUGUCAUGACGGCCGGAACGACUUGGGUAGGCGUCCUUGGAUUGUUGAUCAUCAUUAUUAUGCUCUCGUACAAGAACAAGGCCGCAUUCGUCGUUGGCAUUGCUACCAUCACGUUCCUGAGUUGGUUCCGUGGUACCGCCAUUACCUACUUUCCAGAUACACUCGAAGGAAACGACCGAUUUGACUACUUUAAAAAGGUUGUUUCCGUGGAGAAGAUUGACCUUCUUUUCGCCAACUUUACCAGCGAUCUUUCGGACGUUACAGUGGCUCUCAUUACGUUCCUUUACGUCGAUUUCCUUGAUACAAGCGGUACUCUUCUAGGUCUCGUUUCAGCCAUGGGUUAUGUAAACGAAGAAGGCGACUUUCCUCGAAGCAAACAAGCAUUUGCCGUUGAUGCAGCGGCGACGAUGUUCGGUUCCAUCUUUGGUCUUUCUCCCGUCACUUCCUACAUUGAAAGUGGCGCUGGCGUUGAAGCUGGAUCCCGUACCGGAUUGACUGCCAUCAUUGUGGGUUUUUUCUUCUUUCUUUCAAUCUUUUUCGCUCCUAUCAUUGCCAGCAUCCCUCCGUGGGCUAUUGGUGGUGCUUUGAUCGUCGUUGGCGCCCUUAUGGCGCGCUCAUUACGAUUCGUUAAAUGGCACGACCCUGCGCAUGCAGCCACGGCCUUUUUGACCGUAGUUGUUAUGCCUUUGACGUACUCCAUCGCUUACGGUCUAAUUGCCGGUAUUGGUUGUUGGAUUGUCCUGCAAGGCACGUUCUACCUUUUGGCGCUGGUCGGUGUGAAGCGUCCUUCGUUCGCACUCGACGAAGACAUUGUGCCGAAAGAAACCGAAGACAAAGACACUGAUGAUGAAAAUGCCAAGAAUAUGGAAGACGAUAGCAACGACUCUGGCAAGGAUCCAGUGAGCGGUGAGGAAGAAAAGCAGGAACAACCCUAGUUUUUUCUCUGAUAUAUAUAUAGUCGAGUCUCUGUGUUGUGUGUUGCUGUUGCGAAGAGCACUUGUGUUUAUGCCGGUUGAGGACCUAUGGACUGAGAACCAUUAAUUAUGCUUACAGUAAACAAAUUUGCUUAUGG